AUGGCUCGAACUUUCUUUCUUGCAGCAGAUCUAUCAUACUUACUCCAAAGAGCUAAAAUGAUGAUCAGCUUCAUUAAUGGGGAUGGACAGAAACCACAAGAAAAUACAAAAGACAUUGAACAAUGGAUUAGAACAUAUUGCAUGGUGUCUUCGUGGAUUCUAAAUUCCAUCUCAAAAGAAGUUGUUGAAAGUUUCAUGUAUACCAAUACAUCUAGAGACCUUUGGGUGGAGCUGGAAAACAGAUUUGGACAAAGUAAUGGUCCUCUAGAAUAUCAGUUGAAAAAGGAAUUGGCCUCCACAUCUCAAGGAUCUAUGACAGUCUCAACAUAUUUUGCAAGAUUGAAGAAGCUUUGGGAGGAACUGGCGUGUAUCACAAGAACACCUGAGUGCACUUGUGAAGAAACCAAAGAAACUGCAGAAAUCAAGAUUCAUGAUCAAGUCAUUCAAUUCCUCAUGGGAUUGAAUGAAGUGUAUGAUCAUGUCAGAGGACAAGCAUUCAAAAGGCUUGAGACACAAAAACCUUUCCAGAAUAAGAAAAACACAGUGGAUAAAAGAAAUGAAAUCCGUAAAGAAUGUGAUAAAUCAAGGCAUUUGAAGGAGGUACUGAAGACAGAAACAAACAUGUUCCUUGUUGGAUUCAUGCCACAGACCUUGGCACUUACUAACACAGGAUAG